UCUUAAUCCAGUAAUGUCAGUUAAUGUUGACAUUUUUUGACGAAAAGAGAGAGUGGAGAGACUAGAGAGGGUCACUUUGAUUUCUUUGUGGCAAUUGUCGACAAACCGUUUGUUAUUGACAUUUGACAAGAAACGGAAAUCAUUUCGUGAUCGUGGGCUAGCGCCGAUUUUUCAAUCCGGUCGUCAAACGAAGUCUGUUGUGGCAAUAAAUUCAACACAUUAGAAAACUCUAAUAUCGUUAUUCCAAGUAAAUUCGCGGAUUUGAGUUAAAAAUGACUGACGAUAUUCCUUCACCAUGUGAUUUGCUUGUGAUUGGUACAGGCCUCACAGAGAGUAUUGUUGCAUCAGCAGCCUCUAGAAUUGGAAAGCAAGUUGUACAUGUCGACCAUCGGGAUUUCUAUGGGAGCAAUUGGGCUACCUUUUCAUUCAACAACUUGCAUAAUGUAUUAGGUGUAAACAAAGGACUUACAGAGUGUAUAGAAGAAACUAAAAAAGAAACUUAUAGUCUUCACAUUGGUUUAAAUUCUAACACUGUUCUAAAUGUUGUUGAAAAAUGGUUCAUUUCCGAUGAAGAUGUGGAAGCAACCAUUGAUAACCAACUUAGGAUAGAAGAAACUAAUAAUGGAAUCCUUAAGCAAACAUGGACUAAAUCUGAAGUUCUUAAACACUCAAGAAAGUUCAACUUUGACUUGUCACCCAAGUUAUUAUAUUCAAAAGGAGAGAUGGUAGAAGUUUUAAUUAGCUCAGGAAUUUGUCGUUAUGCUGAAUUCAAAAAUGUCUCCUGCAUCUACACUUAUGAUAAUGUUGAGAGUGGUUUACUUCCUGUACCAUGCUCAAGGGCUGAUAUUUUCAAUUCUAAAGAUAUCACAAUGAUUGAAAAACGUCUUUUGAUGAAAAUACUGUCCAUGUGUAUGGAGUAUGAAACAAAGCCAGAGAAGUUUCAAGAGGAUGAAAUGGGAAAUUUUGGAAAUUUCCUUGAUGCCCAUAAAAUUCAGGGCAAAGUUAGAAAAUAUCUCAUUGACUCGGUAGCUAUGGCUAAAGAAUCAACAAAUUUCCAGGAUGCUGUGAAAAAUAUUCAGAAGUUUGUCCGAAGUAUUGGACGAUAUGGAAAUACACCUUUUCUGUGGACAUUGUAUGGCAGUGGAGAACUACCGCAAUGCUUUUGUAGGUGUUCGGCAGUGUUUGGAGGAGUCUACUGUCUGAAGCGUAGUACUCAAAGCAUAAUAAUUGGUAGCGAUGGACAGGCAACAGGAAUAAUGUGCGAUAACCAAAAUUUAAAGGCCAAGUUCAUAUUAAUAGAGGAUUCCCUUAAUCCCCUAGCGACAAUCAAAUCUGGAAUUUCCCGCGCUAUUCUAGUCACAAACAAAGCUUUAACCAGCAAUGAUCAAGCAGUUCUUAUUAAUCUCCCAUCAUUGAACGGCAAAGAACCCGUGCGAAUUCUUGAACUUUCGGCAUCAACCAUGGCUUGUCCACAAGGCCUGUACGUGGUUCAUUUAAUUACGCGCCAAGUUACAACAGCAAUUGAAGACCUAAGGGAAGUAAUCGAUACGUUUUUCAGUACCGGUGAAUCUAAUGAAAACGAAGCUUUACACAAACCCCAAAUUAUCUGGUCAUUGCAUUUCAACAUCAACGAGUAUGAAAGUUACGCUGACAUGUUGCCUUUAAAUAUGUACUCCAGUCCUGGGCCGAAUUCUUCAAUGGAUUUUGACAACCAUGUUAUUCAAGCGCGGAAUAUCUUCAAGUCUAUGUUUCCAGACGAAGACUUUCUUCCUCGAGUACCUGAUCCAGAAGAUGUCAUAUUGGAGGGAUCGGCAGAAGAGGUCGUAUUGCAGGAGUCGUUAGAAAACCAGGAAGUGCAAAAUGUUCACGAAUGAUAAUCGAUUAAAUUCAUUUGUUCGUCAGCCAAGAGAUAAAUCAUACAAUAAUAUGAUGGGAAGUAAAACUUUCGUGACAUUUUUGUAUAGUUGAAUCGUUUUAGGAGUAAUGAUUUAUUCCAUUGAUCAUUAUUCGCAAUCUCUACUGCUGUUCAAAAUACUUGUCAUUUUUCAUUGGUAAUUAUUUGCAUGUACACACUGUUCAAUGUGUGAUGUCGCGAAUGUGUACUCCAGUCCUGGGCCGAAUUCUUCAAUGGAUUUUGACAAUCAUGUUAUUCAAGUGAUUAUUAUAUUUUUCUCUGUUGCGUUUAA